AUGGAAAAACAUCUAUUAGACCCACACUACUCAGUAUUGAAAUUAUUAGAAAAUAAUUUCAACAACCCCAACGAUAGCAUGAAUUUGUCAGAAUCAUGGCAAAUUCUUUCUUCUUCAAGUGAAAAUUCAGAAGAAGAUGAACAAGAACCUUUUAUUACAGGCAGUGCCAUCACCGUUACGAACCCUAAUAGUAGUAACAGUAAUUGCACAUCCAACAAUGGUAGCACUUUUAUUAUGCCAAAAUUAAUUGUUUCACAAAAUUUAUGGGAUACUAACAAUGACAACAAUAACAACAGAUUUUUAAUCGUUGGUAAUAAUUCGCUAUUUUUUUAUAACGAAAUUUUACCAAUCAAUUAUAAGAAAUUUUUUAAAAUUUGGUGUUUGAAUAAAUUAGAUUCAUCAAAUUUAAUUAUAAUCAUAAAUGACCAUAACGAAUUAUUCAAUAUUUUGCAAAAAAUUUUAUUGAAUUCAAACAGGAAAAGUUGUUUCAAUAUUAUCAUAAUUCUAAUUAUUGAAAAAUUUAAUAAUUUAAUCACAAAUAGAAGGAAAAUCAAAUUGAUCAAAAAUUCAAUUAACAUCAUUAAUAAACAGUUUAAUUUGAAAAAAAUCAAUUUUAAUUUUUUUAACCCAUCAAUACUAAUAAUCUAUAAAAAUUCAAAACUAAUUAAUUAUAAUAAAAAUUUCAAUAAUUUCCUAAUAUUUAUCAAGAAUUAUUUGUCGAAUUCAAAAAACCACACAUCAAAGGAUUUGAUCAGUGCCAAUGACAACAUAAUAAUACCUUCACAACUACUAAAUAAAAGGAAAAGAUUGAUCAAGAGUAACAAGAAGAAGAAAAAGAGCAAGAAAUCAAAACUAAACAGUUUAAACAAGUAUAACCAAAACGACGACGACGACGACAGUAAUUCCACUGGAAAAUGGUUAUUUGUAUAUUAUGGUAUAUCCAUAACGUUGGGAGUAGGCGUUGGCUAUUGUAUUUCAAGUUUAGUAGUUAGUCAGAAUUCAAAUGACAUCCAAUCAAUAGUGCCAUCGACUCCAAAUAACGAUAUAAUUGCAUUAGAGUCACAAGAUUUAAAUAGUCAUAACGGUGAUGAUUACAAUUGGAAUUUCUUAAAAUUAUCAAUCAAGAAUGUUUAUUCAAUUUUAAAAAGAUUUAUCACUACUUCAAUCAAUCUAUUAGAAUACAAAACUUUAAAUGAUUCAAAUAAAAUAAUAGCAAUGAGUUAUGUACUACUUUAG